AUGGCUUCUUCUAUGGAUUCGAAUCAUCCAUUUAUCGAUACGUUAGGAAUUACUAGUGAGGAAUAUGUGAGAGAACAGGCUUUUGUGACGGAUGGGACGUUGACUGUGGGAAGAAAUGCCAAUGCUUCCUUGACCUUGGGAACGGACUCUUUGAUUGUGCUGGAUGAGGCUUUUGAAACUGAGGGCGCAACUUGUUGUGGACUCUGGCCUUUUGGUUCGAGUUCUGCGAAUACGAGACCCAUCCCUUUCUACAAUGUCCUCUGGGCCGAGAUAUUAGAUACGAAUGAAAUUGCCAUACGAUAUGCUUCGCCGACAUCGAAAACGAGGGUGCAACCUACAGAGCUGAAAUAUGCGAUAGAAUCACAUUCUAUAGAUGAAGUCGGGAGAUGGAUAGCGAAAUUACUGGAUCGAUCGUACGGUGAAUCGCAACAAGAAAAGCGAGCAAAAGUUCUGGUGAAUCCUCACAGUGGCAAAGGAAAAGCGCAGAAAUACUAUGACCGAGAUGUGGAACCACUUCUGAAGGCAGCACGCUGUAGUAUAGACAUGGUGCAGACGAAGUUUCAGGGGGAUGCGGUUACAAUAGUUGAGGAUAUGGACGUUGAGGCUUAUGAUAUGGUGGUUUGCUGUUCGGGAGAUGGAUUGGCGCAUGAAGUGUUUAAUGGCCUUGGAAAGAGACAUGAUGCGAAGAGAGCUCUCUCGAAAAUUGCGGUUACACAUGUACCAUGCGGGAGUGGGAAUGCUAUGAGUUGCAAUUUGAGCGGGACAGAUAGUGCAAGUUUGGCUACUUUGGCCAUCAUCAAGGGGAUUCCUACGCCUCUGGAUCUGAUAUCGAUUACGCAGGGAGAGACACGAACGAUUAGUUUCCUAUCGCAGUCCGUGGGAAUUGUGGCAGAGGCGGAUUUGGCUACGGAACACAUGAGAUGGAUGGGUUCGGCACGAUUUACCUAUGGAUUUCUGGAGAGACUUAUUGGACAGGCAAUUUACCCUUGUGAUAUUGCCGUGAAGGUUGCGAUAGAAGAUAAACCCAACAUAAGAGAACAUUAUAGAAAGGAAAUGAGCAAUCACGAACCGGCAAGCGAGAGGAGGGGGUACAAAUAUCUUUUAGACGAUGAUGCUUCUGCUAGUAGUGGGAUGGAUGAUGGCUUGCCUCCGUUGAGGUAUGGCACUGUGAAUGACAAAUUGCCGGAAGGUUGGGAAAUGGUUCCCUACGACAAACUAGGAAAUUUCUACUGCGGAAACAUGGCAUAUAUGGCCUCAGACGCCAAUUUUUUCUCCGCCGCCCUACCAAACGACGGUUACAUGGACCUCGUAUGCAUCAACGGCGACGUAAGUCGUCUCUCGGCCAUCAACAUGAUGUUCGCAGUAGAAACGGGCAAAUUCUUCGAUAUUCCUCUAGUCUGGUAUCGCAAAAUACUUGGAUAUAGAAUUAUUCCGAAACAGAAGGGUGAUGGGUAUAUCAGUAUUGAUGGGGAGAGAGUCCCUUUUCAACCGUUUCAGGCAGAGGUUCAUAAGGGGUUGGGGACCGUCCUUUCGAAAACUGGGCAUAUGUAUGAGGCGCGUGGUCCGGGGCUCGGCGAGAAGGGAUCCGGCGAGGCGUUUAGUUUCUUGGGCAAUUGUGUCACUUGUGGUCGACCUAAAAUGAUACCCAAAGAUGGUUUGGUUCGCAUAAGAUAA